GCGGAGCGAGCAGCUUGCAGAACGCUGUGCACUGCAAGGUAGGGUCUGGUUCCCAGUUUUAAGGUCCUCACCACUGCGGCCCGCACACAGCGAGCGUCAUGGACCAGCAGCCGCCCGACGUUGAGGAGGACGAUUGUCUUUCUGAAUACCACCACCUCUUCUGCCCGGACCUUCUUCAGGACAAGGUGGCCUUUAUUACAGGCGGUGGUUCUGGGAUUGGCUUCCGGAUCGCUGAGAUUUUCAUGAGGCACGGCUGCCACACUGUCAUCGUCAGCAGGAGUCUGCCAAGAGUGUCCACGGCUGCUGGAAAGUUGGUUGCUGCCACCGGAAGGCGGUGCCUUCCUCUAUCUAUGGAUGUUCGAGUUCCCUCGGCUGUCAUGGCUGCUGUGGACCAGGCGCUGGAAGAGUUUGGCAAAAUCGACAUCCUUAUUAACUGUGCAGCUGGAAACUUCUUAUGCCCGGCCAGUGCUUUGUCUUUCAACGCCUUCAAGACUGUGGUUGACAUCGACACCAUUGGCACCUUCAAUGUGUCUCGUGUGCUUUACGAGAAGUUCUUCCGGGACCAUGGAGGAGUGAUUGUGAACAUCACCGCCACUCUUAGCAUGCGGGGGCAGGUGCUGCAGCUCCACGCAGGCGCGGCCAAGGCAGCCGUGGAUGCUAUGACGCGACACUUGGCUGUGGAGUGGGGUCCCCAGAAUAUCCGUGUCAACAGCCUGGCUCCUGGUCCCAUCAGUGGCACUGAGGGGAUGCGGCGACUGGGGGGCCCCCAGGACAGUUUGAAAUUAAAGCGUCUUUCAAACCCUGCGCAAAGACUUGGAAACAAGACAGAGAUCGCCCACAGCGUGCUGUACCUGGCCAGCCCUCUAGCUUCCUAUGUCUCAGGGAUUGUGUUGGUGGUUGAUGGUGGCUCCUGGAUGACAUUCCCAAACGACAUCAAUCAAUUGGUAGAGUUUAAAUCCUCCUCUGCGAAGCUCUAGGUAGGAUCGCACCUAACUCCGGCUCUCUUCAAACACACUGUGUAGCUGAAGAUGAUUCUGAACACCUGAUUCUCCUGUCUCUACCUGCCAAGUGUUGAAAUGACAAAAGAGCCGCUACGCCCACUUUUUGCAGCGCUGAAGGUCACUCCCAAGGCUUCAUGCAUGUUAAAACAUCACUGUAUCAACCGAACUACAUCCUCUGCCUCAGGAUACAUCUUUUGACACACAAACAGACAUUGUAUUUUUUUUUAAAUGUAUCCAGAAGGCAGUAUUCUUCAUGAGAAAUGCCUCCAUCCUCACAGAGGUCUAUACUUAACACAGAAACGUUGAAUGUGAAUUUGGAAAUCCUCCCGGUCUAGUCCUUCUUCUGGGGACCAAGCUGUUUCCAUGUUCUGCCUCUCCAAAACCCCCAUCGAAGGUGGGCAGGACCAGGUCAUGAGCCUAGCCUGAUGCUUGCUCAUGGUGUCUGAAGGGUUCCUACGAUUUUUGCCAGUAAAUAAUCUUUUUACUAUAAAAAUAUCUAUGAGUUGGAAUUUGUAAGUUUCUAGAAGGAAAAUUAAAAAGUUUGAUUCUAUCACUGAAA